AUGUACAGCAGACCAACCCCCGGUGACACUCGCGCUGACGCAGGAGUUGCGACCCAUCGAGGUUGGCGCCAGCUGCGAGCAGCGCCCCUGGCGACCCGGCCGGCGGCGAGGAUCGACCGCGCGCCGCGCGCCCCGCGACACAUCGCUACGACUGCCACGGGCGAUGCAGAGGCCGCGUUUGCCCAUGACCGCAACUUUCUGGGCGGCGUCUGCACGCUGCUGGCCGCCGUGGUGCUGCUCAAGGGAGCCGCGGGCGCGGUGGCGCCCGACCAGCUGCUGGGCCGGUCGCUGGGGGUGUCGUCCGUGGGCACGCUCAACGCGGCGCUGACGAGCAUGGCGACGUCGGUCUGCUGGAUCUACGCCGCCUGGCUGGUGGUCCUCAAGGAGGCCCUCGACCACAACCGCCUCGGCUCUGACACCUACCGCCGCCUGGCGCUGGGCCUGGCGGUGCUCAGCGCCGCGCUGCUGGCCAUGGUGGUUCGCUACCGCGACAUCCUGUCCACCGGCCUCCUCAGCGAGCCCGCGCUCCUGGGCGUGAGCUCUGCCAGCCUGGCGCUGAUAUUCUGGGUGUCCAACCGGCUCUACCAGAUCGGCAGCGGCGGCCGCGGCGUCCUCGCCGAUGCCGGCAGGGCCGCGCAGCAAUUUGUCUCCGACGUCGCAAGCUGCAUCAGGGUGCCCCCAAACUUCUACAGUGAGGGCCCGCUGCCCCUGGCGCUGUUCAUCGGCCUCUUCGCGGCCCGCCGCGUCCCCCUGCUGCCCGGCGGUCUGGACUAUGUGGGGCGCUACCUGAUGCAGGCCUCCGCGGCUGGCACGUGGCUCAUCGGCAUCACCGCGUUCACCCUUAAGGAUGCUGCCGACCGCGGCCGCCUGGGGGCCAGCACCUUCAGGCUGCUCAACCUCGCACUCGCGGCCACCCUCGCGCAGCGGAUGUGGUGCAUCUACUCGCUGGGCGCCUCCGGUGUGGAGCUGGCCCAGCCGCUGGCCAAGUUUGCGCUAGCCCAGGGUCUCUUUGGGGCAGGCGUCUGCGGCGUCGCCUACCUCACGGCAAAAAAGUGA